GGUACCGGCAGGGAGCAAUGCCAGGAUGGCCUGCCAGCUGUGCCUCGGGUGACGAGAGGGAGCUGCUGGGCUCAAUCCCUGAAGUGCCGUCACAAACGGAUCCACAGGGAGGGCCCGGAACACGAUGAACAGACUGAACUUCCACAAUAACAGAGUCAUGCAGGACCGACGCAGUGUCUGUAUUUUCCUCCCCAACGAUGAUUCCCUCAACAUCAUCAUAAAUGUCAAAAUAUUGUGCCACGAGUUGCUUGUCCAGGUGUGUGACCUGCUGCGGCUGAAGGACUGUCACCUCUUCGGGCUCAGCGUCAUCCAGAACAACGAGCAUGUGUACAUGGAUCUGUCCCAGAAACUGUACAAGUACUGUCCGAAAGAAUGGAAGAAAGAAGCGAGCAAGGGUAUAGACCAGUUUGGUCCCCCCAUGAUCAUUCACUUCCGAGUCCAGUAUUACGUGGAAAACGGCCGCCUGAUCAGCGACCGGACGGCCCGCUACUAUUACUACUGGCACCUCCGGAAACAGGUCCUGCGCUCCCAGUGCGUCCUGCGUGAGGAGGCGUAUUUCCUGCUGGCGGCCUUUGCCUUGCAGGCCGACCUGGGGAACUUCAAACGGAACAAGCACUUUGGGAAGUACUUUGAGCCCGAAGCUUACUUCCCGGCUUGGGUGGUGGCGAAAAGAGGGAAGGAUUACAUUCUGAAGCACAUCCCCAUCAUGCACAAGGACCAGUCCGCUCUGACAGCCUCCGAAGCCCAUCUCAAAUACAUCAAGGAAGCCGUCCGGCUGGAUGACGUCGCUGUGCAUUAUUACAGAUUGUACAAGGACAAGAAGGAAAUCGAGGCCUCCCUGACACUCGGGCUUACCACAAGAGGCAUCCAGAUCUUUCAGAAUCUAAACAGCGAAAAGCAGUUGCUUUAUGACUUCCCUUGGACGAACGUUGGAAAGCUUGUGUUUGUGGGCAAACGGUUUGAGAUCCUGCCUGACGGUCUGCCUUCGGCGCGCAAGCUCACCUAUUACACGGGCUGCCCCACGCGCUCCUGUCAUCUUCUCCGGCUUCUGAGCAACAGCCACCGCCUCUACAUGAACCUCCAGCCCGUCCUGCGACAGAUCCGGAAGCUGGAGGAGAACGAAGAGAAAAAGCAGUACCGGGAGUCCUACAUCAGUGACGCCCUGGACCUCGAUAUGGACCAGCUGGAGAAGCGUUCCCGAGCCAGCGGGAGCAGCUCGGGCAGCCUGAAGCACAAACGCCUCUCUCGCCACUCCACAGCGAGCCACAGCAGCUCCCACACGUCCGGGAUCGAGACGGACCCCAAGGCGAGGGACCGGGGGGCCGAGGAGGACUUCCUGGUGGCCGCCGUGCAUCGCAAGCUGAGGGCCUGCAGCUCCAUGACCAGCCACGGCAGUUCCCACACCUCCGGCGUCGAGAGCAGCGAGAAGGAGCGUUUGGGCGAAGAGGACUCCUCCCAAGAGGAUGAAAUAGAGAUGCUGGUGGAUGAUCCCAGAGAUUUAGAGCCAUCCAGCGAAACAUCUCUGGACGAGGAUGUUAGUCCUGACGUGUGCAUUUACAUUACAGAAGACAUGUUGAUGGCCAGGAAGUUUAACGGACACUCAGGCUUGGUCGUCAAGGAAAUCAGUUCGUCUACUUCCAGCUCCUCGGAGACGGUGGUCAAGCUCCGUGGCCAGAGCAUCGAUUCAUUACCACAGACUGCUUGCCGAAAGCCAAAGACCUCGACCGACCGGCACAGUUUGAGCCUAGAUGACAUCCGGUUGUACCAAAAAGACUUCUUGCGCCUGGCCAGUCUGUGCCAGGAGACGGCCCAAAGCUAUACGUUCGGAUGCGGCCACGGGCUGGCCGAGGAAGGCCUCUACUGCCACGGCUGCUUGGCCCAACAGUGCGUCAACAUCCAGGAGACGUUUCCCGUCAAAAGGGCCAGCAAGUACUUCUCUUUGGAUCUGACCCACGAAGACGUCCCUGAGUUUGUGGUCUGAUCCUUCCUCUCCGGAUGUGCCGGAGAGAUGACCUGACCAGCUACCCCGGUUUUCGUGAACUGUUUUUUGUUGGUUUUUUUUUUUGGUGCCAUAGGGGAAUAUUCCCUUAAAAUAUCUCUUUUUUUCCCCCUUCCACCCCCUGCCCCCGUUUAAAGCAAAAAAAAAAAUCAUGGCCUUGUAAAACUCUUGCACUUUUGACCGACGUCCAUCCCAAGGGUGGAUUCGUCAGCACCAGAGUUUCUGCCCUAGGGCAGAAUUUGAUCCGGGUUCAGAUUGGUUGGUUUUUUCAGAGACAGGGACUCUUCUUUCGAAGGUAGCUCCCUCUUCAUGUCUCCUGUCUUCUUUUGGCAAAAGAAAAAUGCACGGCGGUGUUUCUUCGUUUAAUUUUGCUUCUUCAUGAUAUCCCUUGUGGGGAAAAACAAAUCCGGAGAAGUCUUCCAAUCUACGAAUGCCAGAGAGUCCCAUAAAUUCCUACUUUUACUUUUCCACCAUCAGAGUACAGUAUAGACACGAGAAAGUCGCUGUGGAUGUUUCGCUGCACUGUGUCAAGCCAAAGAAAUGCAAACAUCCCGGAAGGAUGACGUGAGACCAAGAUGGAAGCCGUUGCAAGUAAAAAGGACUCUACGUGUGUUGGAGAAGACGUGGGGUGGACUGGGAUCCUAUCCAUCCAUCUGGCGGCUCUUUCUUUCCCGGUCUCACACAUGCACAGAAAGAAAAGCUAUAAUCCCUUCGGAAGCUUCUGUCUGGUGUUUUGGAAAGUUUACAAAGAAAAAGAACCCCACAAAAACUGGUGUUCAGAAAAUGGGAUUUGGAAAGCUUCUGGAAGCUUUUUUUUAAUUUUUAUUUCUGAUGGGGCAAAAAAAGAAGAAAGAAAGAAACUUCAGAACAAGUAACUUGUAUGAAUGUAGCAAUAAGAUUUGCUGACCAAAGUACCUUACGUUAGGGAGAGAAAGAGAGAGAAUAUAUAAAAAUACGUAUAUAAGUUUAUAGAGAGGAAUAUAUGUCUAAUGUAUGUUUGAAUUUCUAGACUCCAUGACAUGUUUGUUUUGUUUUUGUUUUUUGUUUUUUAAAUGCUUUCCAUUAGAUGCCUUCUUUCUUUUCCUGUUACAUAUUUAGUUGUAAACUCUGACUUUGCCCAUGAAGACGUAAAAUGCCUCUCUUUUUUUUGUUUUCCAUAUUGUUAAGGCUAAUCUCCUUCCUGCCCCGCUGGCCAAACAAUACAGCUUAAAAAAAAACCUGGUGCUUCCGUAUAAUCUCCAGCUAUUCCUCCCCACUCCUUUUUUUUUUCCUGGUAGGAGAUAAGAUUCCAGCAUUCAGAACAGGACAGUGCUGUGGCUUUCAAGUUUGUUGUUCCUCUAUCUGUUGUAAACCCCCCUCCCCCGGUAGGAAAAUUCCCCAUUGCUUGUUUUCCUCCAAGCAAUAGAGGGUUUCUUAGAAUGGGUUCUUUUUUUCAGGCCCUAGACACCCAUCUCGUCCCUGUGGUCUUGCCCCGCACGUCUGCCCGUUUCUCCUGGCACCGGAAUGUCAUGGAGGGAAGAUCAAGUGUCAGGACUAUCCGGAUAAGAUGAGGUCCUGCUGCAGAGUUCUUCCCUGUAACGCCAUUUUGUACUCUUAGCAUAUGAAGAGCCCAGCUAACUUCUUCCACUCCCAGAAUUCCCCCGUUCUGCUCUGCUCUGCAUGACUGGGAGAUUCUGGAAGCGAUAGCCCAGCAUAUCUGGAAGACACCCGUUUGCAAAAAAAAAGUUGGAAAACUGAACCACCCCUAUGUUUUGAACAGUUCUUUUGCCUGCACGACAAGCUGCAGUUCAGAGUUUUCAGCCUCUGCUGCAUUAGGACUGAGGCAUGGGCGUUUAAAGGAUGACUUUGCCUGUCUUCCUUCUUCACCGUGGCGCUUUUUCCAUUAUAUUCCUUUACUUGCACGCAUUUAAUGCUCCUUAUGUGCAGAUCAGACUCCAACAUGGGCAUGUGGCAAACAUAUGCCUGACAGAUUUUGGAGGCGCAGAUAUUUAUAUUUUCCUAAGAAAUAAAAGAUUGUACAGGUACGUGCUUCAGAGAGCUGAAAAGAGUUGUGGUUCCCGGAUCUCGGGUGGACAUGCCAGGGUGAAUGUAUAUUCUGCUUCAUAGACCUUCCGGGGUGGCCUCUUGGCCUGGCUGUCUGGCCAUUUAGGUAGUCGACUUGUGUUUUAGAUAGCCAGCUUUUCUAAGCUCCCAUGAAAACAUGGGAAAAGGUUCCCGUGUGAAUGCAACCGUCUGGAAUGGUUGCAUCAAAGGUUACUCUAGUACUUGGUACAGGAAAGAGAGCAGACGUGUCAGCUUUGUUGUUCUGAAUGGGAAGAAUGGUCUCCCCUGUCAAGAAUUUUUUGCUUUCUACGUUUUCUUCAAGCCAUUUUGCCAAGGCAGAGGGGAGGGGGUUUGUGGAGCCACCUGCAGCCAAGAGGACAGACAGCACAACGCCUUUUAAAAAAAAAAUAUCCACAGACGGAGGGAAUUAUUUUCGAAAGCUUUUUGUAUUCACAGCCAUAGCAUUGCCAUAUUUUGAUAACGCCACCUUUUUCUACCUGGAGAAUUUCUUAAAUAGAUCUAUGUAUGUAAUGUAUAUGCUCGAAGCAUAAGGCUAUUUUUUUAUAAAAAGAUGUAUUCUUUAGGUUGUUUCCCCCCCCCUUUUUUUUUUCCUCUGGAAGGGAGUUGGAGAUUUUCCAAAAUGGGUUAUCCGGCCGAUCCGUGUUAUUGUCAGGCCGAGAACGACUGUAUAAAAGAACAGAGUAGGGAAAAAAAAGGUGUCCUAUUAAAAUGCCGCCUGUGUUGCCACGUGCUUUUGGGUGUGUUUUGAACAGGCUGCCUCCUGCCACAGCGGGCAGGAAAGGGGCUGCUUCGCCGCGGGUACUUUCCUUCUCCGCAUCCUUUCCCUGGCGGAAGGCGUUUGCAACCCUUCCCAUUGAAACUUGCCUCACUCCCAGGGCUGCGGGUUUGGACCCCGGAGCACUUCAGCUGACGAGUGGUCUUUGCGCGGUGUUUAGCUGUGCUUUUCCUUCGUGCGGACGGUUCCCUCUGCCCGGACGGACCUCUCUGCCCUCCGCGCGGUCCAGAGCGGGCCUUCGCCGCUUGCAAACGCCGAUUUCCC